UCUAAAGCAGUUGACAUUGGAAUCAUAUCAGUUUAUGUUAUCUGAAUAUUCUAUUUAGGAAAUGUAAUCAUGGUCGUGUGUUCACAAAUACUGUUGCUGAAGCAACAUAUGAGAAUCAGUUGCCGGAAAACGACACGACUCAAGGAGUAAAUGAUAUUCAACAAGAGAAUCAUGAAUUCGAAGAUGCGACACAGACUAACGUUGACUGGUUUAAAGUAUUCAAAGACAUAGUACCAAUGUUGCCUAUUGACGAGUAUUCGUGGAAAUUUUUUGCUUUCGAAUUAUUUCAUAUUUGCCAAGAAAGAUGUGGGUUACCAAAGGAUAUCCACAACGAGGUGAAGAAAAUUGAGCAUUGUAAUAAAAACAUAGCUCUAGCAUAUUACGAGGUAUUUCACACUUGGUAUCGUCUUAUGGCCUCUGACGCAGAAUUAGACCACAUCGAAAAGUCUUUACAGAGAUUCGAAAAUGGAUUCAUUAUGCAGGAAUUCAAGCUUAUUAAAAGCAAUCCUCCCGUAAGAAACCAAUGUCCUCGGCAGGAGGAGACAACAGUGACUCUGUGGGAUAGGCCUGACAUGUACAUGCAACAUUCGUCUAGUCUAGUUGAUUGUAUGCAACGGGGAAGUUUAUACGAAAGAGAGGAAACGCAAAGGUAUAGACUGCAUCAUAUGAGAGAGCAACAAUUCAUACAAUUUACAAAUGUGAGCGAUGCAGCAGCACCACUCGAAAUUUCCAAAACGACGUUACAUCGAUCUUCGAUACCACGUCUCAAAGAAAGACAAUUUAAGGGCUGUAGGUCGUAUCAGAAGCUGAAUGAUAGUUAUUCAAAGCGAAAUAAUAAAGUCUGGCAGGAAAAACGAAAAGUGAAAAAGAACAUAAAAACCGCCGUAAAAAUGAGGCAUUUGGUGGAGCAAAAUGACACUCUGAAGAAUGAAAAUAUUACACUCAUAAAAAAGAUUUUACCGUACGGCAUGAUUCCAGUGAGCAGACAAGAGUAUAAUACAUUCCUUGAUCAUACCGUACAUGUUAUUAUGGAGCACAACAAUGUCACUAAAUGGACUGUUUUGUCAUUGGCAUACAAAGCCUACGAUGAAAUUGCCGAGACCAAUAAUGGUGACAGAUUUGUCCUUCACAAUGGAACUACAAAUAUGAAACUUGAUAAAGAACAGUAUGAGUGUUUGGAUUUUUAUGUAAAACAUGCACGAACUAGGGUACUGAGAGAACUAAUGGAACUCGGAGAGCAUGGCGAUACUUCAUUCUUAUUCAUAACUUACGACGGGAAAUCAGCACUUCAAACCUAUCAAAGAAAACAAUCUGUUCUAAGGAAAACGACAAACGCUUCACGGCGGGUUGCCACUUCUCCGUUUGAUGGAGGUGACGUUUCUCCUCUUUCAGCCAACAGUGAAACUGGUGACAUUGAGUUUGACAACACUUUUUCUAACAAAACGAUUACAAAGGGAACCACAUCUUACGCAACAAAACAGUGGAAUGAACACCACACAGGUUUAGAUGAGAAUAAGUUUUAUUCCUCAGAUAAACAAAAUCUCAGUGCUAUAUCUACACGAAAACAAAAUCCUAGUGCUAUAUCUACUGGCAAACAAAAUUCCAGUGCUGUAUCUACUGGCAUACAAAAUCCCAGUGCUAUAUCUAAUGGCAAACAAAAUUCCAGUGCUAUGUCUACUGGCAAACAAAAUUCCAGUGCUGUAUCUACUGGCAUACAAAAUGCCAGUGCUAUAUCUACUGGCAAACAAAAUACCAGUGUUAUAUCUACUGGCAAACAAAAUAGUUCACUGACAAAAAAUUAUUCUGAAACUGAGACUUUAGAAUAUGAAUACUGUGUUGAUGAUAAUCAAAGGGGCACAUUUACGGAAGUAGCGAUGGCAAAACGGUUGUCUGAUGUAGAACAUUUUAAAGUUGAAAAUGAAACUGCAGCACACUCUAGACAGCUGUGUGACAAUGUAGAUUGUUUGGAAAUGUCUGCAUGCUUAGCUAGCAAACAUGAAAAUGUUGGUCAUCAAACUGAGGGCAUGGGAGAAAAUGAAAACAAAUAUUCAAAACUUGAAGAUCCCUUGGAAGAUUUUCUGAAGGAAAUAGAUAUAGAAUUGGAGUGUUCAACAUAUAUGUGAAAACAAAUACCAUUGUUUCUGUAUAAAUUAACGCCAUUAUCAGAUUGAUUGGGGACUCAAGAUACAAGCACUCCAUGACAAUUGACUUAACGCCUUUCGGUUUCUAUUUUGUUUCUUGUAUACUGAUAAGUUAUCUAGAAAAAUACAAAAUCAAAAUAAAAUGAUUCAAGAAUU